AUGCCCCCCAAGUCCAUACUGAAGAAUUCAACCACUACCGUCUCCACCACCGACAUUCCACCCGGAAGAAAGCCAGCCAACCCCCGUCACCUCGAUGUCGCCAUUCAUCAUGCCAACAUUCUCGAGGACCGCAAACGUGUCGAGGCUGCCGUGCUGGAUGCCAUCAUCAUGCUCAUGGACUUUCCCUUGACACCCAGCGCCAACGCCAAAAGACCGUCGCCGUCGGAUGCCCAACUCUUUAUUGACAAACUCAACAUCUUCCAGCCCGCCGACUACGAUGCCCUGAUAGAGGAACGCAACCUCACCGACAAGUGUGGCUACGCGCUCUGCAGCAACCCCAAGCAAAAGGCCCGCUCCACGGCGAGGAAACAGUUUAUAGACACAGACCAUGGCGUGGAAAUCGUCGAUCGAAAGGUGCUCGAGGUGUGGUGCUCAAGUGACUGCGCCAGACGAGCGCUCUACGUCAAGGUCCAGCUGAAGGAAGAGCCCGCGUGGUUGCGCCAGGGCGGCUUCGCCGACAAGAUCGAGCUCAUGGUGGACAACACUGAGGAACAUGACAACGCACUGCCACUACCUCUCAAGAAGGAAGAAGAUCAGUCUACCAAUGCACAAGACGACGAUGUAUCUGCAGCGUGGGCAGCCCAAGAGGAAGCCAUGGCAGAGCUAGCUCUUGAGCGCGGCGAGCAGCCAGGCCAAUUCACCAAGGCGAACCCAGGCCUGGUCAAAGAGGAUAUCAUGGAGAGGGCCACGAGCAAUGCGCCACCGAAACCACCGACCCUUGUUGCCCAAGACAUGGACAACACCACCAUGGCCAUUGAAGGCCACGUCCCUCGCAUCGACAGGAAACGUAACGACGACGACGAGGAUGAAGAGGAUGCGCAAGACUGGGACAAGCAUCUACCUGGAUGA